UAUCAUCCAUUGCGAUCGACCUUCCAUCUUGGUUGAGCGGGAGACGGCGGAGCUGAUCGAUCUAAGCCCUUCCCUGUCGUCCGGCGGAAGAAACAUGGCCUGGGAUGGCCACAAUCAAGGCCAUCGAGGCCAAAUCAGUUCACCAGAUUCAAUCUGGUCAAGUCAUCGUCGACCUUUGUUCCGUGGUUAAAGAGCUGGUUGAGAACAGUCUUGAUGCAGGUGCCACUGCUGUGGAAGUCCGCUUCAAAAACCAUGGCUUGGAUUCCAUUGAAGUACAAGACAACGGCUCCGGCAUUGCCCCAGCGAACUAUGAGACACUCGCCCUGAAGCACUACACUUCCAAAUUAUCCAGCUUCGAUGACCUCUCUAGUCUACAGACCUUUGGCUUUCGAGGCGAGGCACUCUCUUCGCUCUGUGCUCUAUCCAAAUUCGGUGUCGUAACCGCACAAGCGGAUGAGGCACCCAAGGGCAAACGGCUCGACUUUGAUUCCUUGGGCAAGCUCAAAUCUGUCACCGUCGUUGCCGCCCAAAAAGGCACUAUUGCUAGCGUGGAGAAUCUGUUCGAGAGUCUUCCUGUGCGACGCAAAGAGCUGACUAAGAAUAUCAAACGGGAGUAUGGAAAAGUCCUGGGCUUACUCCAGGCCUAUGCUUGUAUUGGCGUCAACGUCAAAUUCACCGUCAAGAAUGCCAUGCCCAAAGGGAAAAGCAUGACGGUCUUUUCUACCAAAGGCAAUGCCACAACCCGGGAGAAUAUUGCAAACGUCUUUGGGGCUAAGACACUAAGCGCAUUGGUUGCUCUGGACCUUGAGCUGGAUUAUCACCCCACAUUGACCCAAAUGGCCCGAAAAGAAAAGCAUACAAACAUACUUGUCAAGGGCCACAUUUCAAAGCCAGUUUUUGGAGAAGGCCGGCAGACGCCUGAUCGACAAAUGUUUUUCGUCAAUGGAAGACCAUGCGGGUUGCCUCAGAUCGCAAAAGCCAUCAAUGAAGUAUACAAGGCUUUUAACGUCUCCCAGUCACCCUUUAUCGUCGCUGAUCUUCAAAUGGACACCAAUGCCUACGACGUGAAUGUAUCGCCAGACAAACGAACAAUACUGAUCCAUGACUCGGCAUCGCUUGUUGAGAGUCUGAAGACUGCACUUAAUGAAAUGUUUGACCAGCAAGAUCAAACGGUCCCUCAAUCCCAGCUUGUCACGCCCAAGCUACCUGCUUUUCAGAAAUUGAACUUCCAGCGCCAGACGUCCUCCCGUAGUUCCGAAAUUGUAAGUCGAGAAACCUCGUUUCUGGAGCCCGCAAAUCUCGUCGACGACAAUCAAGACGAGGAUGAAUCUGAAGAAGAGCACUCCCAGACAGCAUCAUUGAAGGAUGACUUGCAAAAAUUCUCCCGUCCGCCACAGAGGCCUGCACCGAGUGGAAGAUUGCAGUCAAAGUUGGGAAAGCCACGAGAAAAAUUCGCGGACGAAGUAACUGAAGGGAUGGGCGGGCAAGAUACACCAACAGAAGGAGCGGUUGAAGAUGAUACUAUGCAAGAAAUGGCUGAGACAGAUGCAAUGGUCCAAGAGUCCGAGGAUGAAGAAGAGCCUUCCCAGUCGGAUCCAGUCAAGAUACAUGUCGGUGAUUUCAACGCGAGAAUGGCUGAAGCUCAACCCAGAUUGUACGACCAGUCCACUACGCGCAAAGAUAAUGCACAGCAGUCGCCAGAGAUCGAAGCCGUUGUGCAGUCAAGACACGACAAGGAGAAGGGGAUCGUAGAGAAUGCUUUUGACCGCAUGAGGCCAAAGAGGAUGCCAGCAGAAGUUGCCACUGUCACGAUUGGAGACCGGACCUUUACCACAAUUCUAGGCAGUCAAUUUCCCAAACCGCAUGAGAACCGUGACGUCCCUGACAGUCUGAAAGGCGCGAACCACAUGCAAAAGCGCACCAAAAGUCCAGGCACUUUGCAGUUCUCUCAAAAGUUGCGCAGAUUUGGUGCUCGAGGCUCCGAUAUUCUGGAUGAAGCGGAAGGUGACGCUGUUGAACAAGCUGACACGGAACUUGGCGACAGUGAUAGAGAGGUGAAUGAGGAGUUUCACGCUGAGCAGGAAUCCGAUUCGGACGAGCAGAGCGUGGAGGACGACGAAGCUGCGGACGAGAAUGAGUUAGACGCAGCACCAGACACGGAAGGAGAAUCCGACGCAGACUAUAUGGAUGACGAGGAGAAGAAAAGGAUCGAAGAAGCCAAAGUGGCGGAGCUUAUCCAGGCGGCUGAAGCCAGCUCUGCCGUUCCAACGAAAGAAAACUUGAAACGAGCAACCAAAGCCCUGGCGGGAGGACGAGCCAAGGAGUCCACAACCAAUCUGUUAGCGACAGUUGGGUUCUCGAUCUCAAGCGUGUCCCGACAAAUGCGCGACUACGAUGAAUUAGCGAAGGCCAGUAUGAACCGCCGACCUUCGCAAGCUGACGGAAUUGACGACAGCGCUGCACAAGACCCAGAAGCAAGGCUUUCACUGACCGUGUCGAAGCCGGAUUUCGCAAGAAUGAGAAUUGUUGGACAAUUCAAUCUCGGCUUCAUUCUGGCUGUGCGACCCGCCAAGAUGGGAUCGGACCACAAGAUCCAAACCACCCAGGACGAACUGUUCAUCAUUGACCAACAUGCAUCCGACGAAAAAUACAACUUUGAACGACUGCAGGCCGAGACUGUCGUGGGCAACCAAAGGCUCGUCCGACCCGUGACACUCGACUUGACGGCAGUGGAAGAGGAAAUCGUCCUGGAGAACAACGACGCUCUGGAGAAGAACGGAUUUCUCGUAGAGAUAGACACGAGCGGAGAACGAAUGGUUGGACAACGUUGCAACCUCGUGAGCCUGCCACUCAGCAAAGAAGUUGUCUUUGGUAUGAAAGACCUGGAGGAACUAAUUCAGCUGUUGGCCGAUGCACCUGGGCGUGGCGAAUCUGAUAUUCCUCGCCCCAGCAAAGUGAGGAAGAUGUUUGCCAUGCGAGCCUGUCGAUCGAGCAUUAUGAUCGGCAAGACACUGUCCAAAAGGCAGAUGAAGAAGGUGGUGGCAAACAUGGGGACCAUUGACAAGCCCUGGAACUGCCCGCAUGGACGACCGACGAUGCGACAUCUGUGCAGUCUGGACACGCUGCAACCAUGGCGUGAGGGAGAAGAUGAACACGAGGACGCAGUCAGUCUGGGAGUGGCGUUGCACAGAUUUGCGGCGGAGGACUAGAACGGGGUUGGGCCAUUUUAUACCAGGGAAUGAAAAGCAUCUAUAUCAAUGGAGCGGAUCAAAGGGACAAGGCACCAAGAGAGAGGGAGGUGUCACCCAGCGUGUGGCUCCGCAUGCC